AACAACGGGAAAAUCAUAUGCUGAAUCCUACCAUUCAGUCUUGAAAUUUCUGUGACAAAUUUGUUUUUGACAUGUCUAUCUCAAUGGAAUAUAGCUUAAUCUACAGAGAUUCGCAAACUAUGGAUAAUCUGAAGAAACAGCUGAUUUGCCCAAUAUGUUUGGAAAUGUUUACUAAGCCUGUUGUGAUCCUACCCUGUCAGCACAACCUGUGUAGAAAAUGUGCAAAUGACAUUUCUCAGUCUCGUGGCACAGCUGGAGUUUCAGGAGGUCGUUUCAAGUGUCCAUCCUGUCGUCAUGAGGUUAUUCUAGAUAGACAUGGAGUUUAUGGACUCCAGCGAAAUUUGUUAGUGGAAAAUAUUAUUGACAUUUACAAACAAGCGUCUUCAAGGUCUACCGCAAAACCUGAGCAGCCAACAUGUGAAGAACAUGAUGAAGAAAAGAUUAACAUAUACUGCACGUCAUGUGAGGUCCCCACCUGCUCACUCUGCAAAGUUUUUGGUGCACAUAAAGAUUGUGAAGUUGCCCCUCUUCUAACUGUCUACAAACAGCAAAAGUGUGAACUUAAUGAUGAAAUUGGAGCACUUGCUGCAGCCAAUGAUGCAACUCAAACAUUCAUCGCUCAUCUGGAAGAAACAAACAAAAAUAUCGAGGAUAACUGUAGAAACCAAAAACAAAUUGUGUGUGAAAAGAUUGACUCCUUAAUUUCAAUCUUGGAAGGGAAAAAACAACAGAUGUUGCAAAAAAUCACAAGUGAACAAGAUGAAAAAAUGAACCACUGCAAGUCCUUGAUUAAAUCAUAUGCCGAACGUAUACAAUCCAUGUCUAAGCUUGUAGAAUCUGCACUACAGUCACUGGAAGAACCGCAAAUGGCAGUCUUUCUGCAGAAUGCAAAGAUAUUGAUAGCUAAACUUUCAGAGGCGACGCGAGCAUCAGUGAUUGAAGAUUUGGAACAUAACUAUGAAAAUAUGAAUCACUACAAUGUAGAUGUUGAGAAGGAACAGAAUCUGCUCCAUACUAUUAAUUUCCUCAAAGUUGAAGAGAAAUCUGAAGAACGGGUUGAAGAUGAGGAAGAUGCAGCAGAGAAGAAUGAAGACACUGAAAUUGCGGCUGGACAUUUAGAAAUGCCUGGAACAGAAUGUUCAGAUGUUAUCACUAAAGUCCUUAUAAUGGAGAAAUCUAAUGUUGAAUCUUUAGAUAUUGUGGCUAAAGUCCAUUUAACAGAAAAACCUACCACUGAAACUUUAGGAACUGAAGAUAUUUCUUCUUCAAACCAAGAUCUGCACACUGCAGGUUCUGUGGAUAAAGUUCGCCAGGAGGAAAAGCCUGAUCCUGAUGUGUCAGGUGCAAUGUUUGAAGUUCAUGAAGUGGAAGAACCCAGUGCUGAGUGUUCAGGUCCUUUAUUUGAAGGUCAGGAAGAAGAAGAGUCCAGUACUGAGACUCCAUUUGUUGUGGUUGAGGCCGUUGAGAAAAGAGAGUCCAAUGCUGAGUUUUCAAGUAGGGGGAUCGAUGUCUUUGAAGACAGCAAACUCACUUCUGAUUCUUCAGGUACUAUGGCUGAGGUCCCUGAAGAGGAAAAGGAACCCAGCCCUGAGUCUUUAAAUGCUGAGGCUGAAGUCCCCAAAGAGACCAGAGCUGUAUCUGUAGGGCCUGUUGCUUUCAUCCAUAAAGAGAGAGAACCUACCUCUGAGUCUCCAGGCACUGUAGUUCAGGGCCCAGAGGACAGAGAGACCAAUUUGGACUUUCCAGGUGCUAUUUCUGACCUCCCAGAAGAAAAAGAGCCCACACUUGAGUCUCUAGGUGCUGUGGCUGAGGUCCCAGAGGAAAAAGAGCCCAGCUCUGAGUGUUUGCAUGCUGUGGCUGAGAUCGCUGAAGAGGAACCCAGCCCUGAGUCUUCAGAUGCUGUGCUCAAAGUCAAUAAAGAGGAAGCACUCAGCUCUGAGUCUCCAGAUGCUGUGGCCAACAUCCCUGAAGAGAAAGAGUCUAGCUCUGAGUCUCCAGGGUGUGGGGCCAAUGUCCCUGAAGAGAAAGAGACCAGCUCUGAGUCCCCAGGCACUGGGGCUGAUGUCCCUGAAGAGAAAGAGACCAGCUCUGGAUCUCCAGGGGGUGUGGCUGAUGGCUUUGAAGAGAAAGACACCAGCUCUGAGGCUCCAGACACUGGAGCUGAAUUCCCCGAAGAGAAAGAGUCCAGCUCUAAGUUUCCAGGGGGUGUGGCUGAAGUCCCAGAGAAAAAAGAGGCCAACUCUGGGUUUCCAGGUGUUGUGGUUAAUGUCACUGAAGAGAAAGAGACCAGCUCUGAAUCUCCAGAUGCUGGAGCUGAUGUUCCUGAAGAGAAAGAGACAAGCUCUGAGUCUCCAGGUGCUGGAGCUGAUGUUCCUGAAGAGAAAGAGACCAGCUCUGAGUCUAUAGUUGGUGUGGCCAAUGACCCUGAAGAGAAAGAGACCAGCUCUGAGGCUCUAGGGAGUGUGGCCAGUGACCCUGAAAAGAAAGAGACCAGCUCUGAGUCUCCAGGUGCUGGAGCUGAUGUUCCUGAAGAGAAAGAGACCAGCUCUGAGUCUAUAGUUGGUGUGGCCAAUGACCCUGAAGAGAAAGAGACCAGCUCUGAGGCUCUAGGGAGUGUGGCCAGUGACCCUGAAAAGAAAGAGACCAGCUCUGAGUCUCCAGGUGCUGGAGCUGAUGUUCCUGAAGAGAAAGAGACCAGCUCUGAGUCUAUAGUUGGUGUGGCCAAUGACCCUGAAGAGAAAGAGACCAGCUCUGAGGCUCUAGGGAGUGUGGCCAGUGACCCUGAAAAGAAAGAGACCAGCUCUGAGUCUCCAGGUGCUGGAGCUGAUGUUCCUGAAGAGAAAGAGACCAGCUCUGAGUCUAUAGUUGGUGUGGCCAAUGACCCUGAAGAGAAAGAGACCAGCUCUGAGGCUCUAGGGAGUGUGGCCAGUGACCCUGAAAAGAAAGAGACCAGCUCUGAGUCUCCAGGUGCUGGAGCUGAUGUUCCUGAAGAGAAAGAGACCAGCUCUGAGUCUCCAGGUGCUGGAGCUGACGUUCCUGAAGAGAAAGAGACCAGCUCUACGUUUCCUGGGGGUGUGGCUGAGGUCUUAGACGGAAAAGAGGCCAACUCUGAGUCUCUAGGUGCUGUGGCCGAUGUCCCUGAAGAGAAAGAGGAACCCAGAUCUGUGUCUUCAGGUGCUGCAGAUGGGAUCUCAGAGGAAAAAGAGUUGAAUCCUGAAUCUUUAGAUGCUCUGGCUGACAUCUUAGACAAAAAAGAGCCUAAUUUUGAAUAUACAGUUGCGACAGCUGAAAUUUCAGAAAAAAAGACCAAUUUUGAGUCUUCAGGUGCUGUGGCACAUGUCAAUACAGAGCCUGUAGGUGAUUUUCCUCCAGGGGAAAAUUCCAAUGCUGCAAGUUAUUUUGUAAAGGAUGAAGGCCUUUUAACAGAAGAGUUAAAUACUAUGAAUUUAGAUGUUGCAAAUGCAAUUUCUGAAACAAAAAAAUCCAAUGAGACAUCUCUAGAUGUUCCAAAUGCAGCCUCUAAAAUGGAAGAUACUAAUAUAUUGACUGUAGACACUGAAGAACCAGCAGAAAAAUCUCUUAUUCCUGUGGCUGUGCUUCUUCCAGACCAAGCCUUUGUCAUAGAAGAAACUAUGGUUGAACCUCCAGGUGGUAUAAUUGCCACAUCUAAAAUGCAAGAGAUCAAUGAUCCACUUUCAAGUACUGUCAAUGCUGUUACUUCAGCAGUGGAUUCCAUUAUUGCAGCUCCAGUUGUUAUACAUACUGUAUGUCCAGUGGGCCAAUCAGAACUGGCAUCUCCAUGCACUGUGGAUGGAAUUCCUCCAGGAAUAGAGCCAAUGGUUCAACUGAUAGAUGCCAACGCUUCUAAAUUAGGACAAGAGAAGGCUGAAGUUGAGGAAUUUGGAAGAAUUGUACAACAGGAUUCUCUGUUAAGUGGAAGUCAUGAUGCUGAUGAUUUAAAAAUGGCACAAUUGUUGGAAGUGGUUGAUGAAGAAAUCAAGUUUUACCCAGGGGAGCAAAAAUGUGAUUCCUGGCAUGUCAUGAAUCCCUCAGGGCCAGCUACAAGCAUCACCCAGCGUGUCACCUCUCAAGAUCAGAUUGGACUAACAUCAACAGAAAAGAAUGAGCUGAAGCCUGAGCCCAACUCUAUUGUAACUAUUGAUGGUUCACCAGGUGUCGUAAAAACAUCUGCCAGUGAAAAUGAAAUGUCAUCACCUGUAAUACAGGUCAGUGGAGAAUGAUUUUAAUGCCUGUUCUGCAGGAAUGGUUAUCUUCCAUUGUAGGACUGAUAUGGUUUCCUGUAACAUCAUGCAUUUCAUUGUCAACGUCACCUGUGAUUUGUUUUAUACGUUC